AUGACUCCUGCCUUGGCUGCUGCCGAUGUGGGUAUGGCAAUUGGGGCAGGGACUGAUAUCGCAGUAGAGGCUGCUGACUAUGUUUUGAUGAGGAAUAACUUAGAAGAUGUGAUCACUGCUAUUGAUCUUUCAAGAAAGACCUUCACCCGCAUACGAUGGAAUUAUGUCUUUGCCAUAGGUGAUGGGUUACAAUGUGGUUGCCAACCCUUUGGCUGCUGGGGUUUUAAAUCCUUCACCCAAGAUCAAGUUGCCACCGUGGGUAACUGGUGCAUGCAUGGCCUUGCCAUCUGUAACUGUUGUAUGCUCCUUUGUCUUAGGAGAUACAGAAAACCGAGGCUUACCGCUAUACUUGAAAUAAUUGUACAAGAGUAG